UCUCGGCUGCCGGUCGUGCGGCGAUCGGGCGUACUCGGCUGCGACCCACGACGGUUCGGUGGACGACGCGCUCAGCGCUCACUUCAGUCCAUUACGGUGCGUCGCGUGGUACGGACGCGUGCGUUUUUCGGGAAAGAGGACGCGUCGUUGUUGCAACAAUCGCUGCAGUGUGAAGAGCGCGCACAGGCGGCGAUAUAUUUCCGACAAUUUUUGUCAAGCGCGCUCUUUCCCUCUCUCGCGAGAAGACCGUCUCGAGCGUCACGCAUCUCUGACAUGCGGUCGGCGAUCACGAGCCAUUGUUCGCGCCGUUUGACAUUCGGGGCAACGGCCAGCCGCGGCGACUCUCCGCAGCUAUACCGUACGAGCGAGCGUGCCGCGCGCGCGACUCCGGCUUGAAUUUACCUGCGGAUCGUCGAGAGGAGACGGAGAACAAGACAGGAGGCUGCGCCGAAUCGGGGAUAUUUUUACGGUGUUCAAUGGAAUACGAAAAACUGAUGAGAAGGGAAUAACCGCUAUCGGCGCCAUGUCACGCUUUUGUGUCGUCGAAAUCAUCGGCUGAGUUUCACACCUGAAAGCCUCGUGGUACAUUUAUUAUUUAUGAAUGGAUGGAGCUGCGACGGGGAUCAUUGAAGAAGGAUCGGUUGCGGGUCUGGAAGGUUUAGAGAGAUGGUGGAACAAUCCGGGGAUCGCGGCCUGGAGCUUUGUGCUCUUCGGCUGCUUCCUCCUCAACGCGAUUCUUCUGCUCGCAUUUCUUGUACGUCCCGGCCUACGCACCAUUUCUAACAGAUUCGUGAUGAACCUAACCAUCUCGAAUUUGCUGACGUGUGCCAUGCUGAACCCGCUGCUGAUGAUGGACGGGCCGGUAGCAGGUAACACAUUGACAACAUCUACAUCGACGCCGAACAAUGCCACGUCACCGUUCGGCUCGACAUCAACGUCAACACCGACAUCCGCAUCGGCCGCCAGCAAUAUUUGCGCGAUAUCGGAAGGCGCGACCGCACUCGUCACAACAUCAUCUGUAUUCUCGGUCUUACUGAUCGCUAUUGAUCAGUAUUUUGCCGUGGUGGACCCGCUGCGUUACCGGGCUCGGGUUGACAAGCUCAAGUCGGCCGUGCUGAUCGUCUCCGUCUGGUUGAUCUCUGCGGGAUUCGGCCUGGUUGCUGCUUUGAAUCCAAAUCCGCGCAGUUUGUGGUUAUCUUGCACGACGAUGACAUCAGAUAACUCAUCCUUCCAUGAACACAUCGCGCUGAACUCUUCCGCGACAGAGUUCCCGAUUAACCCUGCGUUUAUAUUCUUUAGCAAUAAAACGAGCGAGGCGGAGAUCGACAACACGACACCGACGCUGCUAAAGACGAUCGAAUCUAUCAAAAUUAAUCGCAGCGUCGGUCUCCUCGAGAACUCUACCGUAAUCUUCCGUAGUCUGCCCAACGAUUCCGUCACUUAUGGACUCGUCUAUGCGAUCGUUUACAGCGUGUUUGCGUAUUUAUUUCCGUUCGCCGGAGUCUGCUGGAUCUACAUCAGCAUUUAUUCGGCCGCGCAUCGGAACUCUGAGAGAACUCGCAGGACCGGCUCGCGACCGAUUCUUUCGUCAGCCAGCUUUUGCGAAGAUUCAAGGUCGCAGCAUCAAUCCAUCGACGUGUUUCCGGAAGAGUUCCGCAGGAUACCCAAAAUCUCGAGUCUCUCAUCCAUUGAUGAAACCAGCGAGACCGCACAUUCGGCCAAUCAAACGUCGCGUCGAAGAUCCUUCUCCUCGGACAUUGCACCAUCGGGACCAAACGACGAAAGACCCUCAUCGGGAGUCGUUUUCACGGUCGGUUUGCAACCAGUGGAAGUCUCGCCUUCGCGUGAACAAGAUAACGAUAAUAAUCUGACAGAGGCGGCAGAUCUCGAGAAGGAUCGCGACACUUCAAGUUAUGAGACCCUCGUCGGAAAUCAAUUUAAUAAUACGGAAGCGAAUCACAGACGGAAAUCGUUGCACGAUCUAACAGACGAAGCUGGAGAAUCUUCCCAAUGGAUCGCCGGAGAUUCUAGCGGAUCUGAAUCCGAGGACGAUCGACAUUAUAGUUAUUUUGAUUCCUUGAAAAUUCCUAAUACAACUCGUAAGAUAGCAGACGAAAGAUCUUCCGAUUAUCUCUUGUCAUUCACUAGAUGCGAGACGACGAAAGAACAGUGUGAAAACACAGAAACUUCCAUACAGGAUUCUCUCGAGAGUCAGAUAGUUUGUCAUGUUGAAGAAGCAGAGAAUUCUAUCACGGUUAAAAGCGCAGAACAAGAACAGAUUCAAAAUGAGAUCUCGAGUUUCAAUAGUAAUUCGGAGAACAAGAGAUCUAGACGACCGAGUCGCCGUUUGUCAAAAUCUGGCAUUUUGGAAAUUAACGGGGAAUCGCACACGAUUGAGCGUAGAAACGCGGAUAACAAUCUGGAACCCUCGUCUUGCCUUUUAACACCGAUCGUGACAAUCACUCCAGCGCCCGGAAAGCCAGGUACUCUGCACCGGGCGGCCAGUGUUCGCAGUACGAGCAGUUAUAUCAACUGUAUCAAGCAUAGGAUUAGUAACGGCUCUUUGUUUAAAUAUCGCGAAGAGACCCGGGCGGCCAGGAUCAGCGCGCUGGUGAUUGUCAUGGGUCUGAUUUGUUGGUCGCCGUACGUAUUAUUAAGUGUCAUGAAGAAUCUGCCACAGUACUCGGACUACGAGUUCCCGCACGAAUACGAUGUGUUUGCUCUCAGCUUUCUGAUCCUGGCCGCUUACGCGAGCCCGUUGCUCUUCGGUUAUCGGUCCAAACGGGUAAAGCGAGAGUUGCGCAAGUUUUUUUGCUUCCAUCGCGAACUAUCGUACAAAAACAAUCGAAGCCUGAUGGCGAAGAAGGUGCUGAAACGUCGACAUAGCAGUACUUUAAGUCACUUGGAAAUGGACCACCGAUAUAACAUCUUCAAUUGCGUCUACGGUAGAAACAAGUGGCCCAAAGAAAAGGUACAAUUUGUACAGGUGCCAGAUACCGCUCUUGCGGUGGAGACUUGCAGAAGUAGCUUCUCCAGUGGCGCAAGUACGCAGAUUUCCAGCACGUCCACGGAAGAGUGUUGAAUCGCGAUAGAUUUCGCGAAGCUGUGCGUCGAAAUCGCGAGAGAAUUAGUUCCUUCAAAGAUCAAUAUAAUUAUAUGUGAAAAGAGAUACGAACGUGAGAGACAGCGUAAAUUAUUCCUGCGUUUAUGUAGGUGCAAAUUUGUCGGUGGUCUUCGAGCAAUCGAGACAAUAACGAAAUAAAUGACAUGGUCGAAUGAGAGAAUGACAGCUUAUAUAUAUAUGUUUUGAUGUACGACUCGGCAUACUUUCGGCAUGAAUUUGUCAUAGUUUUUACGUGUUCCAGAGAUAGAUCGCUCUUUAUUUUCGAAUAUAUGAAUAAGGCCAAAUGACGUUUUCGCAUAUUUUCUUGCUGUUUUGAAUUCGUAUAAAUUGUUCUUUUUCCAACGACACACUUUGUCACUUAUACGUAAACGCGAAAGAAACAGAAUAAAAGUACAAUCGGUCGUCGUUGAAGCAGUUUGUUUUGAAAACGUCGCGAAUUUGAAAGCUCUCGGUGAGAGACCUUGUCGUAAACUAAAUAACACGUAUUGACAUCACCUUGUAUCGCAAUCAAAAUAAACAAUUCGUUGCAUCGUUUCGAGCUUUGGCAAACGGCGCGAUGACUGUUUGAUGAAGAGAGCAUUCGCAUUAGUAUUAAGAGCAUUAUUGUCAUCGGGUAUUAGCCAGCUCGAGAAGUAUUAGAGUUCGCCAAACCCGAGAAGGAGGCUUUAGACUUUACGCUUAUUUACACACUGCGUCCACUUCCUUCUGCAUUUGUUGCAUUAUUUGGUGCACGCAGGUAGAUCAAUCGAUGCAGUAGCGUACACUUUUGAGCAGCUAUUUAUUCGAGUCGUAUUGUCGUACGAUUCUAUGUAGAUAUGUACACAGCAUUUCAUGACAAAAUCAUCGUCGAGAUGUUUUGAUGCCUCGUCGAAGAUAUCGCUCGUAAUUAUUAUUUUUGUACAUUACAAGAAUAUAUAUACAUAUACGUACGCUCAUUUAUAUUUAUGUUAAAUAAUUUGUACAUAUAGAGAAAAAGAACGGCGAAUCUCAUCACUGCUAGUUCGUAUUCUGUAUGUAGAAUUACUUGUAUUCUAUAUGUAGAAUAUUACUUGUAUCCUGUGUGUGUAGAAUUUCAUCAGUGUGUCCAAGUGGUCCGUAGUAAUGUGUGAUACAUUAUCAUUACCGUUUUGUAUUAUCCGUCAUGGUGAAUUCAACACAGGCUGUCUAUAACAUGUGAUAACACGAAACCAAUCGCCACUUAAUAUUAAUUAAUUUAUGUGACUUUCUCAAUAAAAUAUUUUUUGCGAGAGGCAAUUGAUGAUGAGUGCAUA